AUGUCUUCGUUGCCAUUCACUCUCAAAGACCCUGCUCUUUUCAAUAAUGAGGCAUAUUGCCACGGUGAAUGGAUUGGAGCGAAAUCUGGGAAGCGAUUCAGUGUCGAAGAUCCAGGCUCAGGCCAAUGUUUCACCUCCUGUCCCGAUUUGGGAGAGGAAGAUGUAGACGCCGUUGUGCGCUCCUCACAGAAGGCCUUUGAAGAGUACCGACUAUUGAAUCCCAGGACUCGAGCAGAACUGCUUUUAAAGUGGCACCAUCUUAUCCGCGAAAGUCGUGAUGAUAUUGCCACUAUCCUGACCUAUGAAACUGGCAAACCUCUGAGUGAAGCCUUUGGUGAAAUUGAUUAUGCUACUGGCUUUACUUGGUGGUUUGCUGGGGAGGCUGAGCGAAUUCGUGGAGACAUUAGCACCCCUUCAGCACCCGGUCGCCGUGUCUUGGUCAUCAAGCAGCCCAUUGGUGUCUGUGCCGCAUUGGUACCCUGGAACUUUCCAAUUGCGAUGAUACUGCGGAAAGUGGGAGCUGCUCUCGCUGCAGGUUGCACGAUGAUUGCCAAACCGUCACCCGAAACACCUUUGACGACACUUACUCUAGCAUAUCUCGCCGAAAAGGCAGGAUUUCCGAAGGGCGUAUUUAACGUGAUGACAACUUCGAAUGAAAACACCCCAUCCCUGUCAGAGGCGAUUUGCAAACACCCUCUGGUGCAAAAAGUCUCGUUCACCGGAUCUACCCGGGUGGGCAGCAUUAUUGCAAGUCACUGUGCGGUAGGUCUGAAGAAAGUCACAUUUGAGCUUGGUGGCAAUUGCCCGUUCAUAAUCUUCGAUGAUGCAAACCAAGAUCUCGCUCUCGCGCAACUUACAUCCCUUAAGUGGCGUCAUGCGGGCCAAGCGUGCGUGACUGCUAAUCGGAUAUACGUCCAAGAAGGAAUAUAUGAAAAGUUCCUUACUAAGCUUGUGGAGCACGCAAAGACCAUCAAACUUGGCCACGGAAGCAUGGAGUCGGUCACCAUGGGUCCUCUGACCACACAAAGAGGUGUCGACAAGGCUAAGAGUCAGGUGAAAGACGCCCUCCAGCGUGGCGCCAAGAUUGCUCAUAAAUGCCAAGUUCCUUCUGAUUCCGAGCUCAGGAAUGGUUACUUCUUUGGGCCCACAAUCCUUCGUGAUAUGGAUUCAUCUAUGCUUGUGACCCAAGAGGAAAGCUUUGCACCUAUCGCCGGCCUAUACAAGUUCAAGACCGAAGCAGAGGCUGUGAAAUUGGCAAACGACACAGAUAUGGGCCUUGCAAGCUACGUAUUUACGAGGGAUGUCAACCGCUCUUGGCGAAUGAUGGAACAAUUGGAAGCGGGUAUGAUUGGGUUAAACACUGGCAGUUCCUCCGCAGCCGAGUCUCCAUUUGGUGGUAUGAAGAUGUCAGGCUAUGGCAAGGAGUCCGGAAAGGACGUUGCAAUUGCGGAAUACCUUAUUUCAAAGACAAUCACAAUGACAGUUGAGAGCGCCUCCCUUUAA